UCAACUUCCUCUAACAGGGUCUCUAUAUAUAAAAACUUAACACCCCAAAGAUUUAUCAUAGAUCCAGAAAAAUCCUCAGCAAAACAAAAGUUAAAAAAUAUGAAGAAACAACGUUACUUGGUCUUCGUCUUUGUCCUUUUCAGCUUUCUCCUGUUUGUGAAUCUGAGUGAAGGAAGAUCUGGAGGAGUUGCAGAGGAAUAUUGGAAGAAGAUAAUGAAGAAUGAGCCAUUACCUGAACCAAUCAAAGAGCUUCUCAACAAUCCAUUUAGGACAGGAGAAGAGAGGUUCGUCAAGGAUUUUAAAACCAAAUCUAUCGUCAUCAUCUACCACAAUCCUAACGUAUGAUUAAUUAAAUCUCACAUAUAUAUAUAUAUAUGGCUCUGUGUUUGUGUAUGUAUCGGUUUAUACAUGCAGGUAUAUGUGUGUAUUAAUUGAGCAAAGAACAGCUGUUUGAGUUGUUUGACUUAGGUAUAUUUUCCGUAGUGAAGAAAUGUAAACCCUAGCUAUAAGGGAUUUUUAAAUGCCAGUAAUGUGAGUCUUUUGUGUGGUAAUGGGCUUCUUGUGUAUUUCUUAUAUUAUGUACUAUAUGAAAAUAAGGAAUUUCAAUAUCUCA